GCCCGCGGUAGUGCCCGUCGGAACCGUGAGCCGCCCGUGCCAGGCCGCUGUUUUCCCCGCGCCGCCGCAGCACCGGCGCCCCUGUGGCCGUCCCGGUCCUCCAUAUAUACCGGCGCCCCCCGCCUCAAGAACUCGACCCAAAGCCUCUCCUCGACCCCCAAAGGCCAAAGCCAUCCCGUGAUUCCCGUCAUCUGUUGCAGCUCGCAACGCACGUAGGCAGAGCCAUGGCGGCAGCACACCUCGCUUGCGCCUUCUUCUUCGACGCCGAGCCGGUCGGCGAGCCCAGGCUGCCCGCGCUGGACGCGUGCUCGCUCUGCGCCAAGCCGCUGGGGCGCGACAGCGACCUCUUCAUGUACCGAGGGGACACGCCCUUCUGCAGCGAGGGCUGCCGCGACGAGCAGAUGCAGUUCGACGCCAUCCGGGCCAGGCAGGCCGCAAGGUCCGCCGCCGGCCGGAGGCACCAGCAGCAGUACUCGACGAGGAAGGCAUCCGCGGUGGCGAGCUGAACGGGCUGGACGCUGCGCAUGCAGUCAUCCAGAGACCUGAUGAGCAAGGUCUGGUUUGUCUGUCUCCGGAAGGUACUGGGAAGCAUCUACCGCUUGGGACACAAGGGUCAAGGGGGAUCCAUUUCUCCGUCACGCUUUGCGCGGCCUGAGCAGCGCGGUGAUGGCCGGUGCCGGCGGAGGAAGGAUCCAUCAUCCAUCAGAGUUCGUGUGCACUGCAUGAGGCAUUGGGCUUCUCAGCGGCCCGCUGCCGCACUCUCCAACAGAGAGAGAGCUCCAACACCAACACCGUGUUGUACAUUUGGGAAGCUUAUUUCCAAAUUCCAACCAUUCUUUUAGAAGAAUCAUGUAUCUUCGGAGAAAUGAGUUUAGUCUGGAAAUUAAAUGCCAUGGGUUGGCCAUGGACUGCGAGAAGACCAUCUGAAAAAGAUCUCCUGUCGUCUCUGUUGCAGCUCGUGUCCUCUCUUUUUUCCCCCCGGUAACAUUUCGGCCUGGUAACUGCUGUAACGGUGCCCUGUCUGUCUAAUGAAGUGAGCCACAUCAGUGACAGCUGGCAAAACUCCGUAAAUGAAAUGCUUUUUGCCUCGUUAGUGAAUGGGGCAGGGCUGUGGCCUGUCAUAAUAAAAAAAAUUGCAAUGAGAUGUUGUACUA